AUGACCGAAUCAAAGAUGCAGCUAGAAGACUGGCUGGAUGAUCUAUGUGUCCGCUUCAUCAUUAACCUACCUCGCGAAGAGCUCGAAUCCGUAGAGCGCAUUUGCUUCCAAGUAGAAGAAGCACAAUGGUUCUACGAAGACUUCAUUCGCCCGCUCGACCCCGCCCUGCCUUCCUUGACGCUUAAGGCUUUCGCCUUGCGCAUCUUCCAGCAUUGCCCUCUCAUGUCGCAAUGGUCCCAUUACCACCACAUGACUGCGUUCUCUGAGUUCCUGGCUUACAAAACCCGAGUCCCCGUUCGUGGUGCCAUCAUGCUGAACCAAGAGAUGGACGAGGUGGUUCUGGUCAAGGGCUGGAAGAAAGGUGCCAACUGGAGCUUUCCCCGUGGCAAGAUCAACAAAGGUGAACCCGAUUUGGAUUGUGCGAUUCGUGAAGUUUAUGAGGAAACCGGCUUCGAUGUUCGUGAGGCAGGCUUGGUCAAGAACGACGACAAUGUCAAGUAUAUCGAGAUUACGAUGAGAGAGCAGCACAUGCGACUCUACGUCUUCCCAGGUGUGCCCAAGGAUACUUGUUUUGAACCUCGCACCCGCAAGGAAAUCAGCAAAAUCGAGUGGUAUAAGCUCUCGGAACUUCCUACGUUGAAGAAGAGUAAGCAGCACGACGAGGGACUAGCGGUUGCCAAUGCCAACAAAUUCUACAUGGUUGCUCCGUUCUUGAACCCUCUGAAGAAGUGGAUUUCGCAACAGAAGAAGAUGGCCCUUAAGAACCAGGUUGGCAUAAACCCAAUUGAGGGUUACGCUUCGAUGGAUGAGAAUGGACAGCAAGCCGGCGGCACCCCGACCAUGCACGUGGCUAUUCCAAGUGAUCUUCCAGAAGUGACAUCGACCCCCGAUGCUUCUUCUCACCUCAAGCAGCUUCUGAAUAUUGGAGCUAUGCCGGUCGCCAUGCAAACCCAGCAGCCUGUGCAGCCACCCGCAGUCGACAAGACCAAGUCCGACGCACUACUUGGCUUGUUGAGGAGUGGCUCGCAAGAUGUAGUUCCUCAGCUUCAGAACCAGGCCCUGCCUUUCUCAAAUUCUACACAUCCCGGCCCACCAUCUGUUGCGCAACCAGCUCACUUGGCACCGAAUUUCUUCCCUGGAUUCCCUCAGCAACAGCAGCAUAUGACCUCGUCCAAUUUCAUGCAGCAAACAUCUACAGUUUUGCCUCAAGGACAACCGCAGUCGAAUGGAGGACCUGCCAUUAACCCUGCCCAGCAUGUUUCUAGUCAGAGGCUACCCCCUAUGGUUCAACACGAGCUUUCUGGAUCUGCUAUACCUCGAUUUUCUCAAACACUCGGGCCCCACUUCUACAACAAUCCACUUCAGUCGUCGCCUUCACAUUUUGCGCCGCCGAGGCAGGUUGCUCCAUUCCAGGCGACCGGAGAUCCUCAGUUUUCUCAAUCAACUCAGCCAUCUCAAGUUUCAGGGGCUAGAGUACCACCGGCGAGCAAGUUGCCACCGCCAAAGCUUACUAGCCAGUCUCAGGCGCUUCUUGAUGUCUUCAAAGGCAAUGCAUUGAACACCGCAAAGAGCCCUCAUGCUACCCCAUUGAGCAUCCCCGGGCAAGGGCAACAUCAGGUUCGCAAGACAUCCCAGCACCAAGAAGGUCUUUUGGAUUUAUUCAAAGGUCCGCGUGCUAUGCCGGUAGAGCUGGGAGGACACCCGGUAUCAUCUGCCCUGCCGGCCGAGAAGCAAAUUCUUCAACGGCCAUCACCACGCCCUGAUCCUAAUUUGCAGCGCGGAAACAACGCCUUGAGGACUGCAGUUGGACCGACUCAGACAUCGGCCACUGUUUCUGGCCCUAUGGGUAUGCCACAGCUCGAUCCAGUGUCCAAACAGUCACCCAAGAAGGGGACGAAUGGGUCAAACAGAAGGAAUAAUUCAGCUCGGCGGGAACCCUCUCAGCCACAGCAGCUGUCGUCCCCUAUUACCAUUUUGCCGAGGCCACAGGCGGACAAGCGAGAUACAUCUACUUCGGUGCCCCGAGCACCUGUUCACCAGGUACCGUCUCAGCCUCACCCUCAAGCUCGAGCUCCCCGAACCGAGGCCCCUGAACCCGUGAAGCCAUUCCAACCCCAAAUCCUCCGCCGCUCCGAGAAAGUCGAAUAUGAGGAUUUCCUGAUGAAUUCAUCGAAGAUGGAAAUCACGGGCAACAAACCAAGUUUGGGUGGCUUGCAGACAAACAUGUCGGAGUUGGCGCCUGAAACUAGAUUUGAUCGUCGCCCCAGUCAGAAUUUGGCGCAAAAAGAUGCACUUCUCGCGCUAUUUGGCAAGGCCGCAUCUCCGUCUCCCACAUCGGCCAUUCAGCUCGAUUCUCGGUCUGCAAAUCAGCACCCUUCUACUGUUUCCGGCCUGGUCAGCCCACUCUCAUCCUUCCACUUGCCUAGCAGUGGAGGCUCCCUUUCCCGCCAUGGCACCCCUGCUGUCUUUGAAGGGGACAUGAAUCCCCCCACAUCGAAUCACAUUGCAUCACCUAGCAACAAGGAGUUUUUGCUUGGGUACUUGCAAGGAGUUGCCAAAGGCAAUAAAUAA